ACUUCCGAUGAGCGUCAACUUCGCAAUCAAAGAUUAAUUAAAAGAUGUAAGUGGGAGAGAGUGUGCUCAAAACUAACCUUAAAUCCCUCUCGUCUCCGACUCUUGACUCCAAUUCUCCCAUGCCUCUGCAACCAAUCGAACCCCAUGGCAGCGGCCAAAACCCUAAACCCAACAUCCCGGCGCCGAAUGACCCGUCGGCGGUGCUCCACCUGUCGUUCUUCGGCGACAGCGGGUGCUUCGCGGCGGGUAUGGACCGCGGCUUCCGGAUCUUCAGCUGCGACCCGUUCCGCGAGAUAGUCCGCCGAGAAGCCGACUUCGGGGGAAUCUCCGCCGUAGAUAUGCACUUCCGGUAUACGAUCAUGGCCAUCGUCGGCGGCGGGCCCCACCCGAACUACCCGCCCAACAAGGUCAUGCUGUGGGACGACCACCAGGGCCGGUGGAUAGGUGAGCUCUCGUUCCGGACCGAGGUCCGGUCCGUCCUGUUCCACCGAGACCGGGUCGUCAUCGUUUUGGAGCACAAGGUGUACACGUACAACCUCUCGGACCUGAAGCUGCUCCACCAGUUAGAGACCACCUCGAACCCUAAGGGCCUCUGCGCGGUCUCGCAGUCGGCCGGGUCGCUGGUCAUGGUCUCCCUCGGGUUGCAUAAGGGCGAGGUUCGGGUCGACCACUUCGCGGCGAAAAGGACCAAGUUCAUCAUGGCGCACGACUCGAAGAUCGCGUGCUUUGCGCUUAACCCGGACGGCCGGUUUCUCGCGACGGCGAGCUGUAGGGGGACUCUGGUCCGAGUUUUCAAUACUGUCGAUGGAUCACUGCUUCGCGAGGUAUGUGACUCUGGCUUUAUGCAAUCGUGAAGUUUCAUGCUUAUGUUUUUGUGUUUGGUUGUGCUAAUUGUGUUUGCUUUCAUGUUAUGAAGUUGAGUUUAGGGUUAGUUGAUAGGGGUGAGAAAGGCUUCCCAUUCGACUCGAAACCCCAAAUUAUUGUUGUUUUAUUGAGAAAUUGUGAAAU